GCUUACUAAAUACCACUAUUAUGAUGAUGAUGAUUAAUAAAUAGCCACCCUGGGGGCAGACCUAGUUGCAACCCAUGAUCUGUGCCCAGGCACAACCCCCUCCUGGCAAAGUGACCUUCCUGGCUGGCCCACCCGGGGGGAAGGUCAUGCCCCAGGGGGACCCCCACCAUCCCACCCAACUACCCACCUCUCGGGACAGGCCGCUGGACCUGGUGCCAGCCUGGUCUCUUGCCCACAGGCGCAGGGUCUCUGGGUCUGGACAGCCUCAACGAGCCAGGCUGUCUCUACCCCCGUCAUUCCUGGCUCUCCCCGCCUCCAUCCCCACGUGGGCACAGGGAGGGGAGGGAAGGGGAGACGGUGGUGCCAGCCGUAAGGAGGCCAGCUUCAAGAGUGCCAGCUCCGAGGGGCCCGGCUGCAAGGGUGCAGGCCGAGGCCCGGUGGGCCUCCAGCUCCCUGCACCCCUGGGGUGCGCAGCCGGUCUCCUCUCCUUGUGCCCCCCAGGCCCGUGUAGCUGCACCCAUGGAGUCCCUCCUGAGGCCCGGGAGAUGUUUGAGGGCGAGGUGGCCAGCCUGGAGGCCCUCAGGUCCACGGGUAUUCUGCGGGUGCCCCAGCCCUUGAAGGUGGUAGCCCUGCCAGGAGGGGGAGCGGCCCUGAUCAUGGAGUACCUGGCAAUGAGGAGCCUGUCUAGCCACUCAGCCGCUCUCGGAGACCAGAUAGCUGACUUACACCUUUACAACCAGAAACUGAGGGAGAAGGUGAAGAAGGAGGAAAAGACUGUGGGUAAAGGUGCCGGGGCUGCAGAGCCCAAGUUCGUAGACCAGUUUGGGUUCCACACCGUGACCUGCUGUGGCUACAUCCCCCAGGUGAAUGAAUGGCAAAGUGACUGGCCCACCUUCUUCGCCCGCCAGCGGCUCCAAAUCCAACUGGACCUGAUUGAGAAGGAUUAUGGAGAUCGAGAAGCCAGAGAACUGUGGUCUCAGCUGCAGCUCAAGAUCCCAGAGCUGUUCGGAGACGAGGAGAUCGUUCCCGCCCUCCUGCACGGCGACCUCUGGGCGGGAAAUAUGGCUGAAGAUGAUUCUGGCCCCAUGGUGUUUGACCCCGCUUCCUUCUACGGCCAUUCCGAGUUCGAUCUGGCCAUUUCCUUCAUGUUCGGCGGCCUCGACAGCUCCUUCUUCUCCGCCUACCACAGGAAAAUCCCCCAGGCUCCGGGGUUUGCCAGACGGCUCCAACUCUACAAGGUCUUCAACUACGUCAACCACUGGAACCAUUUUGGGAGCGGGUAUCGUGGCGUGAGCCUGGGGGCCAUGAGGAAACUCCUCAAGAGCCUUUGACGUCCUUUCUGGGGGACAGGCUGGUUGAGGCUACUUCUAGACCGUUAGCCCAGUGUGGGCAGGGAUCGUCUUCCUUUACUGCUGAAUUGUAGUUUCCAAGCACUUAGUACAGUGUUCUGCACACAGUGAGCGCUCAAUAAAUACCAGUGAAUGA